CUGGUGUAGCCCCUGCCUGCUACCGUUGGCAUGAACAACUUGAGCAGAGGCCCUGACCAGGGGGCAGGUGGGGAUAACAGCAAAUGGAAUUAUGCUUACCUCAUACCCAUGCUGGGCUUCGGUGCUAUUCGGUGGCUAUGGUCUAAAAUGUCACAGCUGGAGCAGGAUCUAGAGAGGGAACGCAAGUCCGUCGCCAUCUUGAAGGCACAGAGGGCAGCCUUCCACAAGGCCCUGGACAAGGAGGGUCAGCAGGAGCAGUCAAUGAUUGAGGCUCUCCGGAAGAUGGAGGAAAAGCUGGUGAAAAGACAGAGCGCCUUUUGCAGCAUCCUUCAUCCCCCUGAGAAGAACGUAACAAUGCUAUAUGACAGAACAGAAAUGAAGGUGAAAUGGUCAAGUCAAUUCUUGACGGAAGAGAAGGACCAGGUAGAGAAAGACCUGCGGGCGAUGGUAGACGAAUCAGCUCUCGCCUCACUGGGCAUGAAGGAGGGUCUUGGGGAUAUCUUUGCUUAUGACACCAGUUGUGCAGUAGACUACCCAGACAAGGACAAGAACGGAUCUUUAAUGUGGGUAUACUUGGAUUACUGGCGCCUACUGGUUGAAUUGCAGAAGCACCAGAGGGCCAAGGCGUAUUUGAUGAGUUCAGAGUCAGCUGAGAAAUAAGGUGGUCAUAAUAUUACUAAAGAAUGUUACUGACUUAUGUUCUCUGGUGAAUAAUAAAAAUGAAAUACUAAUAGGC